GCUCCGCUCUGCUGAGAGCGCGCCAGUCUUCAAAGAGAGAGAGAGGAAGAGAUUGUCGGCAACGAAAUAUCGGGAAACCGAAGCCUCAGAUAGGCCCAUAGCACUUUCCCCUGCUGGAAAUAUCAAAUCGCGAAGAUCGAUAUCAAGACGAUAUAUACCAUGGAAAUGUGCUACAACAACGGCAGCAACAGCUGUAGCAGUAGCAGCAGCAGCAAUUCGGUCGAUUCGUCGAACAACCGCCUCAUGAUGGGGAGACAGACACGUUACUCUCCUCUCUCCGUCAACGCCAUCCUGGGUCCCGCAUUCAAUGCCUGCAUACACCCCCAAAACGCCCUCGACGCCGACUCCAGUCUCCACUACUGCCGCUCGUCCGCCGAGGUCCUCCUCCCUCCGGCGAUGGAUUCCGGCCAGCUCCUCCGGCCCCGUCCCCGCUACCGCCUGCGCUCCCUCUCGUCCUCACGCGGCUCCUCUCCUUCUCCGCUCUCACCCAUUGAGAACCUACCGACGCCGCCUCCAAGGUCCCCUCCGGUGUAUAAGGCAACGCCGCCGCCCGUGAAGGUGGUGGAAGGUGAGGAAGUCCUGGUGAUGGACGGGAUCCUCGUCAACUCGUCGUCGCCAGUGGGCAUGAACCGGGCUGCUACGGUGAGGUCAUCGGCCGACUCUUCCGUGUUGUCCGGCAGCAACAGCCUUUACAAGACAGAGAUUUGCCGAUCAUGGGAGGAUUCUGGGACCUGCCGCUACGGCACCAAAUGCCAGCACGCAUGCCCUUGUUGUUCUGAAGGUUGGAUAAGAAAUUUUGAACAAAAAAGUGUUUUUUCCGCCCUUCAUCUGCAGUUCGCCCACGGGAAAGAGGAACUGCGACCAGCUCGUCACCCCAAGAACAAAUCAGAGGGGCAGAUCUGUAAAUCCUUUGCUACGACGGGGGCAUGCAUGUUCGGGACGAAGUGUCGCUAUGCUCACCAGGCGCUGGCGGCUGCAACAACGUUCGGGACGGAGGCUGAGGAGAUGGUCAAUUCGGUGCUGCAGGUUGGGCCUGAACUAGCGGAAGCUUACAUAAACCAUAUACUCUACGGCCCAAGGCGUAGACCGAGAUUGCCCGUCUUCCUGGAAAUUUGCCGCGAGUAGGGAGCGUGUUGCAGCGAUGCCAUCCUCACCUGCCUGCCUUUCCCAUCAUGUGAAUGCGCGAUGGCUUCGCCCGCCACAGAACUCUAAUCCCAUUUGGAUAUGCUAGAAUUCAUCUUUUCUUCUCGGAAUUUAUCUUUUCUUCUCACAAUUCAGUUCAGAGAAAGAGAGCUCCAUAGCGUGCAAUUGAUUUCUGCAUUCGGUAA